GAGUGAUGUAGGUGUAUUCAAAAAUUUUCUAAAGUUUAGCGAAUACUUACGUUCUUAGUUAUGAAAAUUAAAGGUGCUCGGACGGCCUGUUCGUUUUGCCAGUGGUAUCCGUUAUUCAGUAAAAAUGCCGUCGAGGCCGUGAUUCUAAGUUUACCCGAUGACGUGUUGAAGUACGUGGAGCACGAUGCCUUCUUGCUACCAGUCGAGGCGGCGAGCAACGUUAAUUUGGCCAAAGAUUCCGAGUGGUCGGAUGGAUCUGCUAUCUGCAACGACGAAGUGGACGAGGAUGUCACUGUGCAACCCACAUUCCCAGACUUUAGUAAACAAAUCCAAGAGGUGAUAGAUGACUUUGGAGCUGUUUUUAUCAAGACCAACUGGAGCACUCCCUCGGAUGCUGCUUGGAUGUUGUCCACGAAAACUUUAAAAUGCUGUUCCCUGGAGGAUGUUUAUUUACUUCUGAAGGGCUCAGACAGAAUAUCUCGUGACCUUAGCUUCGUGAGCAGCUGUGACGAUCAAACGGAAAACUUAUUGAAACCCUGCCUGAUUUUGAAGAAAUGGCGUGACAUAGACCCCUGCUCGGAAUUCCGGUGUUUCGUUAUAAACCAAGAAUUGGUUGGCAUUUGUCAAAGGGACACGUCUCAAUACUACAAACACAUUGAAACAGAAAAAUAUGACAUUCAAAGAGACAUCAAGAGCUUAUUCACAGAAAAAAUAAAAAACAAUUUCUCACUUCGUGAUUAUACUUUCGAUGUCAUAAGAAUAAAAAAAGACAAGGUAAAAAUAUUAGAUUUUGGAUUGUUGGAUAAAUCGGCCACUGAAAGAACUCUCUUUACAUUGGAAGAACUACACAGUGACAUAAGAGAAAAACCCGAAUUCAGAUUUAUUGCUGAAGAUAUGGGAAUUCAACCAACCAAGUAUUCAGGACAUGUGUGUGUACCGCAGGAAAUAAACGAAUUUUUCCAGUCCAUGGGCGGAAUGUCUGUCAUAGAAGCCUUAAGAAAAGAAGUUGAGGAACAAGAAAAGGAAGGCGACAGUGAUGAUGAAUGA